UCUUCAGUCAUCGAUUCACUUUUUACAUUUUACAUUUUUACAGUAAUGCAGAAUGAUAAGUUUAAGUUUAAGUGUUACACUGUAAAUUAAAUAAUCCUAACUCAGUAGUACCCGAAACGAUUAAAAAAAUAACGAUAAAUAAUAAAUCUCAAAUGUAAUAAACGCGAGGGUGAAAAAAGAAUGCAACAUAAAACUCAUCAAAUGAAUGGUGUACUCGCAGGUUAAAACCCUAGGGUCUCCUCCGUAAAAAAGCAAAUGAGAGAAAAACCGUGGAUUGCAAAAAUCAGAGCGAAAACGUUCAACUCAAUUCUCAUCAAUUCACCGCGGGAACAAGUGUGUGGAUAAUAUUAAAACCAACCUAAAAAAAAUAAUCGGCAAGUUGAAAAUAUUGGAGUGGUAAAAGAAAAAAAAAAGAAUUCAACCUUCCGAAAAAUUUUCGGACAAAAAUAAAAUCGAUAAAGAGUGUGGCAAGUGCAGAAAGGGGGGGCGGUAGUGGUGGUUGAGCCGGUGGUGUUAAUUCAUCAUCGAAUAAAAAUUUUCAAUACCGUAGAAAUAUAUAAAAAACGGCUUAUUUUAUGGGUGAUUUUUGGUUAAUAAAGUGAAGGAAAUGACGGAGAGUCAGCAGCAAUUUUGCUUGCGUUGGAACAACUUUCAGGCUAAUAUUACAAGCCAGUUUGAGGCAUUACGGGAUGAUGAGGAUUUUGUCGAUGUUACAUUUGCCUGUGAUGGUAGAAGACUCCAGGCACACAAGGUCGUAUUAUCAGCCUGCAGUCCCUACUUCAAGGAGUUGUUCAAGACAAAUCCAUGUAAACAUCCAAUAAUCUUUAUGCGAGAUGUUGAAUUCGAACACCUCCAAUCACUUCUGGAGUUCAUGUACGCGGGCGAGGUCAAUAUAUCGCAGGCUGAACUACCCACCUUUUUACGAACGGCGGAGUCUUUGCAAAUACGAGGGUUGACGGAUUCGCAAAAUAAUCAGCACAGCAAUGAAAAGCACUCGAAAAGCAACAACAUCCAUGCCCUGAACAAACAUGGCCUGAUCUCACCAACAUUCGACGAUGAGCGCAGUAAAUCACCACCGACCUCCAGCCCGCCACCUCUAAAAAGGCUGUGUAAAAAAAGUGAUUCACCCAAAAAUUCUAGUCCAGUACCAGCAGUAACUCCGUGUGCUACAAACACACCGCGCACUCGUCCGCUCAUCGAGCCACAAGUACAGCUCGACUGUUACAAAGAUCUCGAUAUAGUUGAGCCGAAAGUGGAAUUACCAGAAUACGGAAGUGACGAAGAUUACUCACCAAAACAGGAAGUGAACGCAAUUCCCGGUGGUUUUUUGAGCCUAGACGGUGGUAUGGAGGUGUUACCAUCGUACCCCUCCUCCUAUCAAAGCGGUGGAAUUGAGGGAGGAUUACCAGGCCCAUCACACAGUAAUGCUGAAUCAAAUCAGGAGCAAGCUGACCUGCGUAAACUGCACUCGCUGGACCCACGUCCCUGUCUUGUGUGCAACCGCAUGUACAGUAACUUGUCAAAUCUACGGCAGCACAUGCGCCUCAUCCACAAUCCUCAGAGUGUCACAUGCCCUAUAUGUAGCAAGUCAUUCAAGACGAAGCUGUACUUAAAGCGUCAUCUCGUCAGUUUCCACGAUGUUAAUCCAUCGGAUCGACAAUUGCAAGAGGAAAUAUAUCAGCAUCAGCUCAAAGUACAAGUACAGGGACAAUCAACGGCACAGCAUCAUCAACAGGUACAAAAUGGUGUUGAUACAUCACAGAAUAAUGAUCCUAUUCAGAAUGUCGCGUCACCUGGAUCACAACAGCAGAGUUGUAAUGAUGAUAGUAACGGCGGUGGGGAGGGAAAGUUAAGAGCUUAUCAUGCACAGAUUGGGGAUAGUGCUUAUCCCGUUGAGGUCAUUCAGAUCAAUGAGUCCAAGAAUUUUGGAAAUAUUGUUCAAUUCAAUGCGUCUUUCUAAUUCUACGGCUGAGGCUAAUCUGAUGGGGGGUUAAUGAAUGAAAAAUGUAAGAAGGCAUUUUCUUUUGUUUUUAUUUUAAUGCUUAAAACGCUUAAUUGGUGGAAAGUCGUUGGUAGAGUUCAAAAUUAUUAUUACAAUGCUAUUACCUCGGGAAGAAAUAUCAGGAAUAGUUACUAAUAUGAGAGUAUUGAGAAUUUUGUUGCUGCCGUAUUGGAUUUUUAAUUUUUCUGUGCACGUAGUAAUUGGAGAAUUUCUAGUUGAAGCUCCAUUAGUUGUUGAAUGGUGAAUUCCAGUCGGGAGAUUCCGAAGGAUGAGAUAAAGUUCAAAAUGAAUUUGCAUCAGAUUAUUUUAUAAAUAUUUUUGAAAGAAAAAGGUUUAGGGAAAUUCAUCAGAUAUAAAAAAAAAAGAACGCGUAGAAAUUUCAAAUUUAAAAAUUCAAUUUUUUUUUAUACAUCUACUGUUUUGUAAUUCACAUUGAAUAGUUAACUUCCUUUUCUCACAAAGGCGUAUUUAUUGAAUGAAUCUCGAAUGAAAAUUUUGCUUUUCUUUCUUUAGAAACGUAUUUUUUCUUUGAAAAUCUUGAAGCGUAUUUUUCGAUCUUUUUCAAUUGCGAUAAUUUUACAUUCACAUUUUCAAGAUUCAUUCCUUCAAUUAGUUUCAAUAAUCGUGAAGCUCUCAUUCUAUUAUGUUUUCCGUAUUGAUACUGAACCAUCUCAAAUAGGAGAAAAAAUGUGUAUUUCCAUAAAUUCUGAAGUGAAAAGUGAAUUUCUCUUCAGCAAACAGAAACCGGUCCUAGAAAAUUUUUUAUGAAAUUCAAUUCAAAGUGCCCCUUCGUCGAAUAAAAAUAAAAUCCCUACACAUAAAUUUGGUCAUUAGCUCUAUCUCGCGUCACAGUAAAUGACGAUGUAAGUGAAAAAAGUAGUGUUUUCACGGGUAUGAGGGUUACAGGUCAAGCUGAUGGUGAGAGCUGUAACCAGGAAAAACUUUUUUCCACAUGUAUCGUAUAAAAUUUUAUAGUACUGAUGAAAAAAGGGCAUUUUUUGUAAGCAAAGCAUGCAAAAAAGUAUCAUUUUUCUCACUGGAAUCAUAAGAGUAAUUUCUACAUUAAUGAUAAUUGCGACAUUCAUACUUCCACUACUCGUACAUAUGGAUAAAAUUCCAAUACACGUAAAACAUUCCGUUAUUACUGAGCUUUACUCCCAUUAGUACAAAACUGACUAGUAGAAAUUAUUUUUCCCUGGAAAAGGUAAUAUAUUUAUAUUUUCAUGUGCGUGCAAUCAGAAUUGGGCAAAAUUUUGGAGAAGAAAUUCACAAAAACAAAAGAAUUCUCUCAGGUUUCUAUAUAUUAAUUAAUUAAUUCAUUCAUUAACCAACCGCCGACCUCAUAAAAUGAUUCUUUUGCUAUGCGUUGAAAUAAUUUUUAAUGGUAACUGUGAGGGCUCCUGCCUUUUACACCCCACAAAUCCAUCAGAUUUCAUAAUUUUCCGAUAAAAAUUGCCUAGCAUAUGAUUUGUGAUAAUGAAAAAAAAAAUGUAGGAUUUAUGAUUUUUUAGUUAUUUUUUUUAUAAGUAAUCAACUUGUGAUUCAAUAGGGAACGUAUUGAUACUUUUAAUCGAUGACUUUUUUUAGUGUAUAGUCUUUUUAAAGUGAUAAGGCUGAUAAUUGUGUAUUAAGAAGUAAGGAAGACAUGCGGUCGGGAACCGAUGAGGAGACACGAGACACGCUACAUUCAAAAUUUAACGCUCUGUGAGCUGAAUUAAAAUAGUUGCAAAUAAAAAAUUUCCGUAGCGCCUACAAAUGGGCUAAAGAAUGUAUCCACACGUUACAAUAUAGUUAGUUGUAAAUAACGAAUAUUUCGAGGAAUGAAAAUAUGAAUAAAAUGUGCGUGCGCUCGUGUCAAAUGGAUCGUCAAUUAAAGUGACGAAAAAAGAAAAAAAUGGAAAAAACUGCAAAAAAUGAAAAAAAAAAAUAAAUAAAAAGGAGAGAACGACUAAUUAAUGCCGUAGGUGGAGCAGCCAUCCCACCACGUACUGAUUAAUAUUUCCGCAAGCCAGAUGAACAGGAGAAAAAUAAUAGCCGAAAGGAAAAAAGAAAUAGUGGAAUAAAAAAAGAAAGGAAAACUUGUUGUUUCAUUUGAUUGCUAUACAGUGUUACACAGACUACAGAUAUUUACAACAAUAUUAUAUUCUUACAGAGAAUUAUAUUUACUUUAAUGAAUUUAUUGCAGCGCGAUGUGCGAUGGGAAAUGAAAAUUCAUAAAACAGCAAACAAAUGAGAAUAAUAAUAAUUAAAAAAAUGAUAAAAUCACAAAGAAACUAAUAAUACCUACCAGUGAUGAAAACUAUAUUUUUCACCGUCAAUGCACACCAAUAUUGCAAUAUACAGCCAAUCGAAAUACAAGCUCAACAGAGUAAUGAUAUUUAUUAUUAAAAACAGUGAUUGAGAAACAAUGCAGAUUUAAUUAAAAGAAUGAAAUGAAAUAUAGAUGAAAAUAAUCAGUAUAUUAAUAAAAAUGGUCGAAAAUCGGUGCUGACUGUAGACAAUAUUUCAUAUGAUUUGUUACAGCAACAUUUUUAUAUUAAAGUUUCACGGAUUCUAAGUUCAAUAAAUUUCUCAGUUAUUCUUCAUUAUUGUUUGUUAUAAUGGUGAACAUGAUAUGGUAUAAGUGGUAAUUCUAUUUUAAAAACUCACGACUACAUCCAACUUAUCAAUGAUUAAUAAAGAUUGAUCGACUCAGUCAGCAUUGAGUUUCUUCACCGUAAUUCCAUAACCAUAGUACCACCACAGUACAACUCAGGAUUUUUUAUAUUAUAUUUUACAGAUGACAAUAGUUCCACAAUACGAACUACUUUGAGAAUUGCAGUUGACAGAACAUAAUAAAAUUAAUGAAUGGCCAUUUUUUUUCACAAUUUUUGUACUUAAACAUUUUAUUUCUGUAAUUCUCAAAAUAUUUCAUUAUUCGGACUAACACGGCUCCCUUACCUCACAUACAAUCAAACUUUAAACAAAAUGCAGAUGACAAAUAUAAACUAUUGAUAAUAUAUUUACAUGAAAAUGUGAAAAACAAAUACUGUGAAAAUGGGAAGAAUAAAUGCAGGAAGAAUUUUAACUUAAACACUAGUACCAGAAAACCGUUCAAAAUACUUUGCAACAGCUGCAGAGUUAUUUUAGAGAAAGAAAAAAACAGAAAAACAACCGUUAACCAAUUUUUUAUUACCUGUUACUUAUGUAAUUAAGAAUUAUGGUUUUCUACCGCAGAAGAAAAUUAAUGAAAAAUGAAUCAAUAAAGUAAAAUGCACUAUUGAAUUGUAUCAGUAAACCAUAACACAAUUUUGUUCGUUAAUUAGGGAAAUGCCCAGCAAACAAUUUAGUACCGAUCUAAGGGAAUUAGAUAAUAAAUGUUGCAUAUCAUAUUAUAAAUAUUGUUAUACAUUUACCAAGCAGUGUUUCAUUGCAAUCUCGGUAAUCUCGGGCGUUAAUGAAUCGUACUCAACCACAUACAACAAUAGCACAUGAGCAACAACCUGAAAAUAAAUAAACAAAUAACCAAUAGUACAUAACAGCGAAUCAAUGACUGAAAUGGCCUAUAUGACUACUUACUUCAAAGUACUUGUUUCAAAGCCAACUAAUAAAAUGAAAUAAUUCAUAGAUUAUGAUAAAGUCGAUGGCCGUGACGUACACGCAAAGUGAACUCUCUACGAUAAUAUUAUAAUUCAACAUUGUGACUUUUUAAAAGAUCAGAUGAAACAAACAUGGAAAAAUUAUAAUUAUCGUAUAUUUCACUUGUGAAUAUAAUGCAUGAUCACAAUCUAUUUUUUCAUACCACAGAGAUGCAUCGAUUAUUUACAGAUAUUUAAUAAUAUACAGAAAAAGAACUAUAAUUAAAUUAAUUGUAAGACAGAGUUUAUCAGCCGAACAACAAAGCCUUUGAUUUUUUUAGAAGGAACAACAAAUAAAUGUUAGACCAUUCGAUUCAUCGUCCGAGAUUGUCUUUUACUUUGGAACAGAGAAUGAUGAUAAAACACAGAAACAAUAACAUAAUAUCAGAAGUGAUACGUUGCAGAAUUUUCCUUGCAUAAAAUAGUUGUUAAUUAAUCAUUUUUCAUCAUUACGACAGAAUGGACUACUUCGCUGGGCAUUAACGUACACAACAAGCAAAAGAAAAACAAAAUAGUAGAAGGUCGCAAUAGAAUUUAUCAUUUUUUCAAACAAAAAAUGCCGGAAAUU